AUGGGAGUUGAAAGGACUUAUCAGGGUUAUAGUUUUGGUGGUCUACAACAUAUUGUAUUGUGUAUAUGUAUUUAUAAAUAGUUUGAGUAUUUUAUAUAAUAUAACACACGCCCCUCGUGGAAAUCAGCUAAUAAUUGACGGGUCUAGCGUGUGAUUUUUAAAUAAAGUUUUACCUAGAGGUCCCACCAAGGAUUGAACCCUGGUUUCCCACUUGUAAGGCAAGCGUGGUGAGCACGACACCACGUGCAUGUGCACCACGUGCAUGUGCACCACGUGCAUGUGCUGGUUAAAUGUGCUUUCUGCAUGAAAGUUCAUUUCAAAGACUGUUCUGUUAGGAAUUGCGUGAGCGAGAUAGCGAAUAUGAUGACGACUAGUUAAUGUCCCGAGUCCGUCUCUCCCAUUGGUCCUAUUUUUCACCUCUCAUAUUUUCGCGCCUUUUUUCACCGCUGGCGCGAAUCCCUGUUUUCAACCCCUUAAGACGGAUUUGAAGCAACUCUGUUGUUGAUUUUUCUCUGUAGGAGAGAACAUUGUUCCAUUUGUGAUAGGAGCAACAACUGCGGGAUUUGUGUUUGGAUUUUUUCUCCUCAUCUUGUCAUUAUGUUUAUUCUGUAACACGAAAGUAAAAAAUGGCGAUAUUGACUGGGUCCAUGACCGAGAGCCAAGUAACUGGGUCAGAGACGUUCAAGGGACUGUAAACAAUGGACAUCAGUUUGAACCAAGGUUGGUAAUCUGAUGUAAAGAAGGAGGGGAGGGCCAUAGGACUUUGUACAAGGGUCACUGGUGAGAUCUAUAUGGAAGAGUGUGCUAAGACAUGUGACCUAACGGCUAACUAUAGUGCAGGGCUAAACACCCCGGAACACUCAAUGGCAGUAAUAUUCCACCUAUACCUUCCACACCCUUAGGGAUUUUCCAGUAAAGUGCAUUCUUGUUUCGUGUUGUAGGAACCAAGGUUUGGGUGACAAUAAACCACAACAUUUUGUGUCAGACAGAUCUCUGUAUUCUGAACGUGCCACAACAUUCCCGUCUUCCAACGCGAGUGACAUCAUGGGUGCAAUGGAUGAGAUAGAAGAUACGGAGUCUCGAGCACCAUCAGGUUAUUACUGGGCUUAUGGUGGCCCUCGUGAUGGUGGUGCUCGUGGCGGAAGCGUUCAUGGUGGUGUUCAUAGUGGUGGUGGUGCUCGUGGUGGUGGUGCUCGUGGUGGUGGUGCUCGUGGUGGUGGUGUUCAUGGUGUUCAUGGCAUUCUUGGUGGCGAUCAUGGUCACGCUUUGCCUGAGAAAGAAAGAGGUUCGGAAUAUGAAACAAUUACGUCAUCGAAGAAUGUUCAUUCUGCUCAAAUCUUGCAUCAUAAGAAAUCUGGAAGUACAAAGAUCAAAGAUCUUUCUUCCAAUGACUCAACCAUCACUAAUUAA